GUCGUCGUUGUUGUGGGCACGAGACGAGACGAGACAAGAGACUCCAUUGAAAGAAAAAAACAAAGGCUUUUCUCGAUUUCAAAUUGAAAAGAUUACAAAAAAAACAUAAAGCUUUUUAGGGUUUCGAGAUAAACCAGAGGGAAACAAACGAAGAAGACGACCAAUUCUCACUCUAUCUCUUUCGUUUCGUUUCCACGAUUUGUUUCUGUGUUUCCCUCUGAUUCCCAAAAAAAAAAACGAUUUUUUCUCUUUCUCUUUUUUGCUUUUGCUUUUCGUUUUACCAGAAAAAGCAAUAAUAAUUGUUGUUAAUUUCCCAGAGAUUUCAAUCAUAGAAGUAGAAGGUUACAAUAUCUUUAGCUACCCCAAUUGCUCUGUUUCCUGGGAAAGCUCCGACCUUUUAGCUUUAAUCUUCGUUGUUCUUGGUGGGUUAAACGAAUAAGGAGCUAUAUAUUGGCGCUCGUUUUCUUGUUCACGGAUCUGGACUACGGAGAAAGGUUUUGGUGAUCGUUGUUACGAAUGUAUAUGUGCCCUAGCCUUGGAUUGUGAUUUGGAUACUGUCGCAGAAGUUAUGGAUUUGGCGAUUGUAUCUUCUUCCCCUAGGGAUGUUGUUAGAUGUUGUGAUUGUGGAUGCAGUUGCUCUCUAAACGAUGCUUCUCCUGGUUCUUUGCUUCGUUCUGUGAAGAGAAAAUUCGAGGAGUUCCAGAAUGAUAAACCGUUUUACAUAACGGAGCUGGAACUGGACUUGUCUUCUUCCAAUGCUAAAGUCCAGAUUGAGAAUGAGUUGGAACUGUUGAGGGAGACUGUUAGCAGCCAGCAGCAAUCGAUUCAAGAUUUGUAUGAGGAGCUCGACGAAGAGAGGAAUGCUGCAUCCACUGCUGCGAGUGAGGCAAUGUCUAUGAUAUUGAGGUUGCAGAGGGAUAAGGCUGAGCUUCAAAUGGAAUUGAGGCAGUUUAAGCGUUUUGCUGAGGAGAAAAUGGAGCAUGAUCAGCAAGAGCUUUUGGAUCUUGAAGAUUUGGUAUAUAAGAGGGAGCAGACUAUUCAGGCUAUGACUUGUGAAGCUCAGGCUUAUAAGCAUAGAAUGAUGAGUUUCGGGCUCACUGACACUGAGGCUGAGCUUGAUGCCGAGAAGGGCAUGCUUAGCCGUAACCCGAGCAUGAUUGAAAGUGAUUACCAAUAUGAUCUUCCUACAUAUGACUACCCUCCUAUAAAGUGCAAUGUGAAUGAGAAUCCAGGUCCCUUGGAAGCUGAUAUUGAUGUUGACGAUGUUGAAAAGUAUCCACUGAAUGAUUCACCUCAUGGCAUAGAAAAUUUGAAGACUUUGGAAAAAAGAAUCAGUCAGAUGGAGAAAAACCCUAGUUUCACUCAGUCUAAUGGUGAUGUAUCUGGAGGGAGAAAUUAUUCGGAGAAGUUGAUGAUUGGUCAGAGUCCUAGGCGUCAGAGACAUUUCAGGAGGGUUUCCACUGGUAGCUCAAGUUCACUUUUGGGAACAAAUAGGGAAACUAGACCUGAUUUCCCCACGGAGUCACCAAGGUCUAACAGUGGGAGCUUCAGGAAAGUGGAAGAUGCAUCGUUUGCAGAGGGUAAUUCCUAUGCAAAGGGUAAGAUUGACUCAUCAGAAAUAGGAGAUAAUGACAUGAAUGAUAGAGUUUAUACCAUUGACUCUGUGCAUCACGGCGUAUCUCAUAGUGGUGUUGCUGAGCAAAAGUUUAAGAAUGAGACAGUUGAUGGUUAUGCUGCAAUGUCUCCGAGAGAAAAAUUGAGUCAGCCGGAUCUUGGUGAUCCUGAUAUAGUGAAACUCUACAUGAGGCUUCAAGCACUAGAGGCUGACAGGGAAUCAAUGAAACAAGCGAUUAUGUCGAUGAGGACUGAGAAAGCUCAAAUGGUUCUUUUGAAAGAAAUUGCUCAACAUCUCUCAAAGGAUGUUGUCCCAGAACGGAGAUUGCCUCUGCGGAAAACAUCUAUUGUUGGAGCAUUCAGUUUCAUAUCUCUCUUCAAGUGGAUCACAUCUUUUGUUCUCUGGAGAAGGAAGGCUCGCCGAAGCAAAUACAUGAACGGAAUGCAAGGGAACAACAUGGGGUUGCAAAUGCUUCUAGAAAAGACUCCUCGGAUACGGCAAUGGAGAUGUCUCUCAAGCACACAAGUGUGAAACAGAUUGCAUUCUCAAAAUUUGGUUUGAAGCGCAUAAUGCGAAUCACAUUGUGAAAAAGUAGGUAUUGAGAUGCACUGCGCUUACUUUGUUGUCCACCUUCAUCUUCAUGGUUGCUGAGAAAGAUGGGUUUCUCAUGUGCAGUAUAUUUUUUUUUCUUUCCUUUUUUUUUUUUGUGUUUGCCAUAUUUCAUUUGUUAUUUGGGUUUGAAUUGUCUUUAAAAAAGGGUUUGAUGAUUUGUCUCAAAAAGAUCAGUGAGGCUACACGCAAAGCACAACAUCCUCUUAUUGUAAGCUUGUGUAUAAUUUUUCCAGAUUCUAUUUGUUUGAAUUUCUCUGGAAAAUUAAUGAAAUAAAGAAAAAAAUAAACAGAGCAA